CCUGAAGGAAGGCGGACAAUGAUUUCCUACUGCCCCACGUGUGGAAAGCCUGUCUACUUUGCUGAGCGGAAGCGAUCUCUGGGCAAAGACUACCACCCCCUCUGCCUGAAGUGCCACCAGUGCAAACGGCAACUCAGUCCUGGCCAGCAUGCUGAGUAUGAUGACAAGCCUUAUUGCACCCAUUGCUAUCUUCAGCGUUUUGGACCAAGAGGAGCAAGACCUUCAAGAUCCCAUUCAUCCUUUGGUGCAUCUUCUUCUUCCAGAGUUCCAGCAGAAAUCUGAAAACCUGCUAGAUGCCUGUCUUUUGUGAUGCUGCAGAAGUAGCAUUUUAUAAAACAAUAUUCCAAGUUCAUAUUUAAAGGACUUUAAAUUGGGAAAGAAUAUUGCUUGGAUAUAAAUAUGAGUCCAAAUAAGUUAAGACAGUUUCCGAAAGAAUGUUAAUGCUAGAGCUGAUUCAAAUAGCAUCUGUGAUAAGUACAUUUCAGUAGGUUAUAGUUGAUGUUUGCAAAAUGUGUGCACAUUGGAAAAUGGAAACUAUCCUU